UAUCUUCUAAUAAAAUAAAGAAUUGAAGUUAAUUUAUAACGGUCCAGGCAUAAACACAUUUUUAACGAUGUCCAUAAUUAACAACGACGACAACAUAAUGGCGAUUGAUGAGGAUCCACAGGUUAUUAUCAACGAUGAUGAGCCGUCAACAGCGCAUAAUAUUGCAAAUGGUCGCUCCAUGGAUUCGCUGCGCUCUUCGUUCACUAAUCACAGCUCAACGCCAGACUCCUCACAUAAUUCACUGGACACGAUUGACGUAGGCCCGGAUGACAUUCAGGAAAAAUCGCGUUUGAUUACCCAAGUGUUGGAGUUGCAGAACACAUUGGACGAUCUCUCCCAACGCGUUGACUCCGUAAAGAAUGAGAAUCUGAAAUUGCGUUCGGAGAAUCAAGUGCUGGGACAAUACAUUGAAAAUCUGAUGUCAGCCUCAUCGGUCUUCCAAUCGACCAGUCCGAGUGCCUCGAAAAAGAAGUGAAAACCGGAGAUGCAGAGAAACCCACACUCAACAAAAUAUAUGCCUUGUCAUUCAUACAUUAAUAGCUUGUGUUAAAAUGCUGCAAAUUAAUUGGUGUUUGCUAAUCUGUCGAA